AUUUAUGGCCUUUUACAGAAUUUCUGUCAACCCUUAUGUUAUAUUUGAAGAAGUAUGGACCGCAUAUAAAAGUGUACAACGGACCAAUCAGCACGGCAGUAGUUUCGGCGGACGAAAAGUUCAUAGAGUUCUUUCUCAGCUCUCCAAAGCUCAUCGACAAGGCUGACGAGUACAGUUUUUUACACAACUGGCUUGGAUUGGGAUUGCUGACUAGUACAGGACUCAAAUGGAAGAAACGCAGGAAAAUGCUGACUCCAGCCUUCCAUUUUUCUAUUUUAGAGAGUUUCGUAGAUGUUUUUGAAACUGUUGGAGAUAUUUUUAUAAAAAAGCUUGAGGAAUAUGUUGGAAAAGCUAGCUUCGACAUUUACCCUUUGGUAUCACUAUGCACCCUCGAUAUAAUUUGUGAGGCCGCAAUGGGAGUCUCAAUAAACGCUCAAGAAAACUCCCACUCCGAGUACGUCCGCAGUGUGAAAGAAAUUUGCGCCAUCGUGAUCAGCAGAAUUUUCUCUCCCCUUGACCCCCGCUUGUAUCCCCUCACGUGGACCAGCAUCCGAGAAAAAAUAGCCGUCAAAAAGUUGCAUGCACACACCAAUUUCAUCAUCGAGAGGAGAAUGAAAGAGGUGGCUGUGAAUGGGAUUGAUGAUGGCAUCGAUGACGUUGGGAGAAAGAAGAAACUGGCGUUCCUGGACAUGCUGCUAAAGAGCUCCGUCGAUGGGCAAUCCCUGUCAAUGGCAGACAUUAGGGAGGAAGUUGAUACGUUUAUGUUUGAGGGUCACGAUACUACAUCAUCCGCUAUUUCUUUUGCGAUAUAUUGUUUGGCAGCACACCCAGAAGUGCAGAAAAAAGCUCUAGAAGAACAAAAACAUCUAUUCGGUAACCUGAAGGAAGUGAGACCCAAGGCUCAGGAUCUGAUUAAUAUGAAAUAUUUGGAAUUAGUGAUAAAAGAGGUUCUGAGGUUAUAUCCUUCAGUACCUUUCCUUGGCAGGAAAGUUCCAGAAGAUUUCGAAUGGGGGGGAACAAUUUAUCCGAAAGGAGUGAAUAUCCUGUUGCUUAUAUUUGCAAGUCAUCGGAGUCCCAACUAUUUUCCGGAGCCCUUGAAAUUUAUUCCAGAAAGAUUCGAAAACUAUGACGAGAAACGACCAUAUUUGUAUGUUCCCUUUAGCGCAGGACCAAGGAAUUGUAUUGGUCAAAAAUUUGCUAUGCUGGAAAUGAAGAGCACCAUCUCGAAAGUGCUGAGACAUUUUGAAAUUUUGCCAGCCACUCCAGAGCACAAGUUGAAGCUCGCUCCUGAGACCAUUUUAGUAUCGAAGAAUGGAGUGUGUAUAUCAUUAAGAAAAAGAUUCGAGUUGGAGUGAUUACAAAAAUGUAGAUGAAUGGUUUUAGUUGUAAUAAAUUACAAUAAAGCAGUGUAA